AUGACAAGUCUGAACUUGGUUUCCGGCUGCCCCGAUCAAGCUACAGACGUCAUUUUCUUCGUCAAAGCACCAUAUCACGCAACGCCUGAACAGUGGGCCACUACGAAACAUUUGAUCUCAAAAGUGGCUCAUUCUGUGCAACUCGGCCGUGGUCCACAGGUUUGUAAACGGUUUCUUGUGAAGUUUAACAAGAUUUUUCAUUUUCAAGAAGUUGAAAAAGUUUACUUGCAAACUUUUUUUUUCAAUCAUGAAAACAAAUUUAGAGUUACUUUUUUAUUUAUAAUAUAAUCGAAAUUUUGAGCAAAUCAGAAUCCUUUUCACAAUAAAAAAAAUCAGGACUAGUUGAAAAAACAUUCAAAAUUCUAUUUUCGCUUAUGAACAACUUACUUUAAAGUCAUCAUUUCUCUCUACAAAACGGAGAGCUUCGAAAUUUCGAAAAGUCAAGAAAAUGCGUGUUGAUGAGUUUUUUUUUGUCUCAGAUUUGAAUGUGUGAGCUAGUGCGUGAAAUUAAUGAGCGUUUUUCUCACGCUCGCGUUCUCUCCAUUCUGAACUUUCGCACGGAAUGACCCAUAAAACGCGAUAAGUUGAUUUCGAAGUUUCAUACUGUAAUUGAACAGGACUCGAGGGUUGGCGUGGCCUUGUAUGAUAACACGAACGAAGUGAGGUACGUGGUCCAUCUGGACAUGUUCGGCAGGGCGAGCGAUCUGUCGACGGCUGUCGCUCAGAUGAACCACCUUCCUUGUGGCUCGUGGUGCGACUCGGCUGACUACAAAAGUGACGCGCAGGUUUCAAAGUCUUUUCGAACCCUUUUUAAACUGGGACCCUCAAAAAGAUCGAUUUAAUCGCGCAGUUUCUUCAAUUUUUAAUGCAAACAGCAAAAAAGGGAACAUUUUGUUUGAAUGUUUGAAUUUUGUAAUUUUCCGGAAUCCCUUCAGAGUUUCAAUUGAAACCUCUAACAUUUCAAAGCCUAGCACUGAAGAUUGACUAAAAAAGUAAAACACUACAUCCAUUUUAAAGAGUCUUGAUCACAAAAAUCGAAACCAGAGAAAACAUAAGGAAGGCGAUAAGUUUUUGACUCUCUUCUUGUUAUGAGUUUGAAAUUCUUCAUAGAAGAAAUUCGAAAACACCGAUCUCAAACCUUUUCAACUGAGUUAUAAACUAAUAAUCAAAGGCAAAAAGGUUUCUUCUCAGAUGCAAUUAUGUUUAUAGUGACAUUGUAGCAACUCGAAGCUUUCUUGCCGAAAUUGCGAGCCACUCCAAGCGGAAAAGCGAUCAAAAUCUACAUUCUCGGCUUGGAUCCGUUAGAUGAAAACCAACUUCAGCCAGUUCGAGCAGCAAAUCCCGACAUCGUUAUCCAACAACUUCUUCUACCCCAAUCAAGUGAGAAAAUUAUUUUUCAUAAUAACGCGCGGAACAGAUGUGAUCGCUUACAAUGCACCCUAUCACGACUACUAUCAGAGCUAUUACGACACCUAUCGGAGGUUUUGUGGCCGUUAGGUACAAAGCUAUGUGGUUUUGCAGAUAUGCGGAAAGAAUGCAACAAGUUUAUCCCAACGUCGAAGUGCCAGUCCCUGCAGACACUUACCCGUACCAGGCGUUUGUCCAGAACCAGUAUUAUUCACAAUCUGCGGACCCAUACUCUGGAACCUUCCCCAUGUGAGCCAAAAAACAAGCGACUCGCAAAUGGAACAAGUUCCAGGGAUCCGGCAGGAAGCUCCUGUUAUCAACUGACGGGCUGUAGCCGAUGCUACGAAAACUUCGAAGUUCCAGCUUCUCCCGCUAUUCCUUCUAUUGAUGAAAAGCCGAUCACUCUGCCAUCCAAGGUGAUUUAUGAUAAUAACUCUAGAAUAUUCACUCUUUAUUUACAGAGUGCAAUCAAUGAUGAUUCUGCAAACGCAGUGACCACACCCAAGGCUUUAGUUACAAAAACGGAAGAAUACGAAUAUGAAAUAACAGCCGACCCGCCUGGAAGUGAUGAACAAAAAAAAAUUCAGACAUAAUUUAAAGAUUUCAGUCCAAAUAAAUAAAACCCCGCUCCACGACAAUAAGAGCAGCAAAGAGGAAGAGCGAACUGGAAACGAAAGCUUUGAUAUAACCGAUGAAUAUUGA